GGGCAGCCAGGAUUAGUUAUUUGAAAAAGGCGGGGUCCACGGAGAAAGCACACAACCUUUGGCCCCUUCUUCCGGCUUUCCUUCGUUCUUAAGGUUUGGUAGCAGCGGGUACAGCCCGGGGCCGGCGUAUGGCCACGGAGUUACAGCGUCCGGACUCAAUGCCCUGUCACAACCAGCAAGUAAACUCUACUUCCACCCUAGGUUCCCAGCAUCUGCAACCGGACGACCGGACCCUGGAUCAUGCAGAGGAAAAUAAUGCUGUUGUGGCCAAGCUGACUCUCCUCCCUGGGCACGCCCAUUCCAGUGUGCAGUUGGAGCAGUACUCCCAGGCCUGUGGCGGCGUCAGCCUUCUCCUUGAGAGCCACAGUGACGGUAGUGACAGAAGCCACUAUGAAGCACCUGUGAGGGAGUUCCUCUUAGGGGACUGUGAACUCUCCCGUCAGGUAGGGACGCAGCUUAAGCUCCUGCCUAUGAACGAUCAGAUCCGGGAACUGCAGACUAUCAUCCGGGACAAGCAUGUUUUGAUCAGUUAUAGAAAUGAAAGGUGUUGGUCUCCCUUGAAAACAGCAAUGACAGCCAGUAGAGGGGACUUCAUGUUUUCUGCGGAUCGUUUGAUUAGACUUGUUGUAGAAGAGGGAUUGAAUCAGCUGCCAUAUAAAGAAUGCAUGGUGACCACUCCGACAGGGCACAAGUAUGAAGGAGUGAAAUUUGAGAAAGGAAAUUGUGGGGUCAGCAUAAUGAGAAGUGGUGAGGCAAUGGAACAAGGUUUACGAGACUGCUGUCGAUCCAUACGAAUUGGAAAGAUCCUGAUUCAGAGCGAUGAGGAAACACAAAGAGCCAAAGUAUACUAUGCCAAGUUUCCCCCAGACAUUUAUCGUAGAAAAGUCCUUCUGAUGUAUCCAAUUCUCAGUACUGGAAAUACUGUAAUUGAAGCUGUAAAGGUUCUUAUUGAACAUGGAGUUCAACCCAGUGUUAUUAUCCUCCUCAGUCUCUUCUCUACUCCUCACGGUGCCAAAUCAAUCAUUCAGGAAUUUCCAGAGAUCACAAUUCUGACUACUGAAGUCCAUCCUGUUGCACCUACACAUUUUGGGCAGAAAUACUUCGGAACAGAUUAAGUUAUUGAACAAAAAUGAAAUAUUUUGUGUAGUAUUAUGGUUAUGAGUGGGUUUUGUAUUUGCUUUACUAAUUUGCUUGAGAAAUGGUGUAGAAAAAUACUUUAAAUAAUGCCUUUAAGCACAUAUAGCAAAAAGAAAAUAUUUGAGAUAUUCAUUUUAUUUCAUUGUUUUUUAACAGUUGGUACCAAAUUCAAUAAUGAAGCACAUUCACAAUGCUUAGAAAAGAUGGAAAUUUUAAUCAUAUGCUGAUGGAAAUUACUGAACCCUCACUGCAUUCAUGAAAACUGUCUAAUUUGUGAUCCUCUUAGUUUGGAGAUUGCUUGUGGCCACAAAUAAAACCCAAAUGAGAGAAAUGAGAGUUAGUUCUUUGGCCCAUUGUAGCCUACAUUUUGUUAAUUAUGCUUUUAGGUUUAGGGAAGUUUCCUGUAUGUGGCUGUACACACUCCCUCUACUCUGUACUUCCUUGGUACUAUUUUUGCUGAUACCCUGGAGAUGAGAGAACAAGGAUACAUCCUUGCAUUUUACAUUUCCAUUAAUGUUCUCACUUAAUUGGCAGACACAGGAUGCCUUGUUAACUCUUCAGCUAGGCCACUGUGUUCCUCAUGGCUCAUUUUCCAAACUGUGUAUUGAGAAUAGCUGCCUACCAAGCUGUAGUAUAGUGAGAAAGAAGUUAGAGCAUUUUCAGUAACUGAAUCUGUAACAUUAGUUUGCAGAGACUGAACCAGGGAUGUCUGGCAUGGACAAAGGAGAAUGAAAUACUGUCAAUGGCAUUGGUUCUCUUAAAAGGAAUUGGUGGUGGUUUUCCUGAGGUGUGGGGAAAAGGGGAGUUUCUGCUGCGUUUCAUGGCCAAUAAAGGAACCAAAAUGGUUCUUUUUAACCAAGUUGUUUCUAUUGGAGUCUUUUGAUUUGGAACUUAGUUAUUUUGCAUGUUUUACAACUAUGGACAUGUUAAAGUAGAGAAAACCCAACGUUCUUUAAAAUAUAUAUAAGGUUUAUAUGUGCUCAUGCAUAAACUUCUGAAAAGGAGAGAACCAUCUUAGAAAUCAUUCAUUGUGCUUCUAAAAUGUGCAUAUAAAAUCCUGGUCUGAUUAUACAUUGAUAUUAAAAUCUUUUAACUGUGCUGACUGGAUGAUUAUGUGAUUAAUCACCCUGUCAUAGCCCCACAAACAGCUGUUGUAGGCCUCUGUUCAAAAACAUAAGAAACAACAGAAGACAGUAUCUUGGAAAGAGCUAAAGCUGAAAAGAUUAGCAAGGGUCGGGGGCAGAAAGAAACUUGGAAUAGAUGGAUCAGAUUUGAUCUUAUGAUUCUAGAAUAGUAGAAAGAGGUUACUCUACUUUUACUUUAUUUUUGAAGACUGUCAUAUAAUAAAAUAAAAUGAAUAAAUAGUUCAUGCAAUAUAGUUCUUCCAUGGAAAAAUGUUGCCUUCAAGUUGUUAUUGAAAUGCUUUUUUAAAAAAAUUGUGACAAGGACUCACUGACUGGCCUCAAACUCGCUAUGUAGACCAGGCUGGCUUCGAACUCACAGAGCUCUACCUGUCUUUGUCUCCCAAAUGCUGGUAUUAAAAGUGUGUGUUAUCACACCAAGCUGAAAUUCUUAUAUUUGUUAGUCAGAUAUUUUAAUGCAAUGUGGAUUUUUACUACUUGACAAGCAGAAACUAUAAAUGAAGUUUCUUAAAGCAAAUUCUUUUAUCCUCUGUCCCAGGAAAGAUGUGAGCCAGAAAAAUUUAGAGACCAGAUCCAUUGAGAUUGUUGUAUUGAAUUAGUUGGAAAGAUGAUGUGUACUAAGCUGGGGGUAGUAGUUCAUACCUGCACCCCCAGCACUCAGGAGGAUGAGCCAGGAGAAUUGAAAAUUUAAGGCCAGCUUGAGUAACUGAGCCAGAUGCUGUCUCAAAAAAACAAAACGAUGUGCCGACUACUGUAAGAGUUGCUGCUUCUGAAAUGGUGCUUAUGUUUGGGCUUCCGUAUUUUGUUUCCCUUUCCAGGAAUAAGAUAAUUUCAUAUUCAAGUGAAGAUACAAAGCAAUAUUUCAUGAAAAUUCUUUUUUUUAUAUAGGGUCUCCUGUAGUCCAGGCUUGAACUUGUUCUGUUGUCUGACUUUGAACUCUUGAUCUUCCUGCCUCCAUUGAGUGUUGCGAUUACAAGCUUGCACUCAUAUGCCCAUCUUAAACAAAUUCUUUUCAUACGUCAUUAACCAUUUAGAUUCAAUGUGUCUUUGUCCCUUUCAUCAAUGAACAUGAAUGAAAACUGACUGCAUUUGAUUCCUACAUGAAGAGCCUAGCAUAAACAGUAGUGAUUAUUUAAAGAGGUCAUAUUCUCCACAGAUACUUGCACCCUACACUACUGCAGAUAUAACUCUAUCCUCUGAAUUUUGGAAUGUUUUAGGAAACACAUUCUUAGUUUCAGGGUUAAUCACUUGAAAGAGUCUUUAUUUUUAAAGUCAACAUAAGAUUAACAGACUAUUUAAACUAAGAUUGACUUUACUGACAUGAACUUAAAAGCAGUAUAAACUGCAUAGAUUCCUUUUUGAAGAAUAAACCCUAGAACAACGAAAAUGACACUCAGAUGGCAAAUGUGGAUGAUUCUCAAAAUUUGAUGCUCAUCAGAAUCUUUCUUUGGCCUUUGAAAUUAUUUUAAGUAAAACAUUUUUACAGUGGAAUUUUUGCUAAGGAUCAAAGGGAAAAUCUUAUAAACCUUGGCAAUGUAAAAGCAGAAUUAGAACUAACAGGUAAAGAUUAAAUGGAAGAAAUACUAGUGUAUUGAUUUGUUUUCAAAUACCUAAUCCAGUUGAAACUUUGAGCAUUUGGGAGGAGGGGGGGAGGAAAUGGUUUAUUUGGUUUACAGUUCACAGUCUAUUAUCAAAGGAACUCAGGGCAGGAAUCUAGAGCACAGACCAUGGAGGUAUGUUGUUUACUGGCUUGCUCCUCUGGUUCAUACUCAUCAGAAUCUCUUAGAGGGCUACAAAUUACUGGGCUACACCCGUAGAGUUUCUGAUUCAAUGUCUUGAUUUCAGACAUUAUUUUUUUAUAAUAUAAACAACUAAUGAUACAAAAUUUCCCAUAAAUAUAUCUUCAUUUUCACUCAGGUAAAAGUAUUUUCCCCCUUUUUUAUUUCUUCAACUAAGGGUCAUUUAAAAGUGUCAGCUAAUUGCAACUAUUUAUAGCAAUUUCCAUAUUUCUCUUUGAUAUUGUUUCCUAACUUAAUUCCAUUAUGGUCAGAAAAUAUAGUUUCUAUGAUUUGCAUCAUUUUAAAAUUUGUUGAAAAUUUUAGCACAAGAUUUAGUCCAUAAGUUAUCAUUUGGUAAAUCUUCCAUGUAUAUUUGGACAGUAUGCAUGCCCUGUAUUAUUUGCUGGAACAUUCUGAAAAUGUCAGGUUAAGUUUCUUGAUAGUGUUGUUCAAGUCUUCUAUUUCUUGACUGAUUUUUUUUCUCUACUUGUUCUAUCAAAUAUUGGGAGAAGGAUUUUGAAAUCUCAGAGUAACAUUUUCUAUUUGUUCUCCUUUCAUUUCUAUGAAGUUUUGUUUAAUGUAUCUGGAGCUCUCUUUUUAGGAGCAUAAACUGUUAGGAUUGUUAUAUUGUCUUCAUGAUAUGACCAUUUGGAUAAAUAUUCCAUUUUAAUCUUGUUAAUAACCUUCAUUCUUUUUUUCUGUUUUUUUUUGUUGUUGUUUUUUUGAGACAGGGUCUCCCUGUAGCCACAGCCAGCCUAGAACUCACUAUGGAAACCUAGAUCUCAUACAGAUCUGCCUGCCCCUGCCACCGGAGUGCAAGGAUUAAAGGUGUGUGCUGCCAUACCUGAUUUAAUCCUUAUUCUUAAAUCUACUUUAGCUAAUAAUGAUAAUAUUAGUAUUACAGCUUUCUUUUGACAAGCUUUACUUUUAACAUACUUGUCUGAGUUUCUUGUAGCCAACUUUGAAUUGUGUUUUACAUUUUAAAAAUCCAAUUUGACACUGUCUGUCUUUUGUCGGGAUGCUUAUAUCAUUUUCAUGUAGUUAUUGACAUGAUUGGUUUUUAGAUCCAUCAUCUUGCCAUUUGUCUUCUAUUCUUUACUCAGUUUUUUUCUUAUUUUCUGUUGUCUGUUGGACUAAUAUUUAUAAUUCUAUUUUAUCUCUUGAUGACCUUUUGAGUCAACUCUUUCUAGUACAGUCCACUUUCCUGGAUCUUGGCUAGGAAAACAUUUAGUAUAGCACUGACACAACAUAAAUUAUGGUAAUAAUAGCAAGAUUAUAUCCAACAUAUAGAGGAUUCAUUACAAAAUAUGAGUAGACUUGAAGGAGCAAUUAAUCCAUUCUAUAAAUCCUUGAUAUACAUUUCAAUAUUUUAAUAUUAAUCUGAUUGAUUUGUCUACCAUUAUUUGUACUCUAUGAUAAGCUUAGGUUAAGCUGUUUGUCACGUUAAUGGUUUAACUACACCUAACUUUUCCUUAAACCAGCCAUUUUCGUUGAUACUACAUCGUGGAGAAACUUUAAUUGAAUUAUUCAAUACAUACAAUGAUCAAUAUCCGCAUUUUGUUCCUUAUUUAAGGAACUUAAAUCUUACCAGCGAUGUUUACCUUCUAUAUCAAUAGGGGUUAUAGUUUUUUUUUCACUAGUCAAUAAGAUAUUAUACCUUCCCUAUGUAAUUGACCCUUGACCACAUGCCAGAUGUUCUUAAGGAAAGGUGAUGUCACAAUCAAGCAGGAUCUAUAUCCAGGUUCCAAGUCAGUGUAUUAGUUUACUUUAACUAUUGUAACAAAAUACUAGAGUAGGUGAUUUUAACAACAGAAAUUGUAGUUUCUAGAGGCUUCAAGUCCAAGAUCAAAGUGUUGGUAGGUUUAUGUUUUUCAGAGACCUCUCUCUCUCUUUGAUUUGACUUUGCAUUAGCUUUUCCUGCAUGUAUGUCCUUGGUGUCUCUUUGUAUGUUUAAAUUUUUUGUUUUUAUAACAGUGGUAAUUUUGUAUUAGGGCCAAUUUAAUGGCUUCAUUUUAACCAAAUCACUUCCUUAGAAGCCCUACCUUCAAAUGUAGUCAUAUUCUGAAAUUGGGGUUUAGAACUUCAAGAUGGACUUGGGGUGUACAAAAUUCAGCCUAAAACACAUAUAGACAAAGCUAGUCAUCUUUGUCCAGUCAUAGAUUUUACUGCGACUUGUUUUCAUUAUGUAUUAUGUGGUAGGGCCUGUUUCUUAUGGCAAAUUGAAGGCUGUAAUUUAGAAUUGUUUCUCCUUCUACUGUGUUAUCAGAUACAACUUACCUUCCUCUCAUCUUGUGGUGAGGGCAGGCAAUGCAUAUUAAUAUAAGUUCUUACCUCUAGAGAACUUGUAAGUUCGGAGGUUCAUAGGAAUUCCAAAAGUGCUGAUGUGUCAUUGCUUAUUGUCAAGGGCUAUUACCUCAUUUCCAGGACAGACUCCAUCUGUUUUAAAUUGGUGUAAUAACCCUAUUUUGUUAUGAAACAAGCCUUUGACCUACCCUGAAUCCUAAUACUGUCAAGCUUUAUUCAGUGAAUCUGCCUAGCCCAGUUUGCUAAAGUCUUACUAUUUUUCCAGACGGAUUCCUUUUCUUUUCCUUUCUUCUGGAAGAGUAUCCCUCCUAUCUGGUCUAACCUACUGGUCUAAUCUUCUGAAUGCCAUUCAUUAAAAGGAAAUCCAAUUUGAUCUAGCAAUCACACUACUGGGUACAAAGGAAAUGAAAUUACCAUGCUGAAGAGACAUCUAUACUCCCAUAUUCACUGAAGCAGUAUUCAUACCAGCUAAGAAAGAGAAACAGCCAAAAUGCCCAUCAAGUGAUGAAUGAAUAAAGAAAACAUGGUACAUAGAUACAGUGGAAUACUAUUCAGUCACACAAAGGCAUGAAGUUCUAUAAUUUCUGACAAAAAUGAAUGGAACUAGAAAUUAUAUUGAAUGAAUAAAAUAAGCCAACCACAGAUAAAUAAGAACUGUAUGCUUUUACUCAUGUGGAAUCUGGUAAAAAAAAAAGUAGUGUGCUUGUUACUAGAGAAGGGAUGGCAAAAUAAGGAAAGGCUGAACAAUGGGUACUUAUAUAGAAAAAGUUCUGGUGUGUUAUUUAUUACAUAGUAUGGUGUCUGUAGCUCGUCAUAAUAUACUGUACAUGAGAAAAACUAGAAAAAAGUAUUUUAUAAGUUUUUACCAUAAAGAAACAAUAAAUGUUUGAGGAAAUAGAUAAAUCCAACCUUAUUUAAAUGCUACAUAAUGUGUACAUGUACUGAGACAUCACAUGGUAACCCAUUAAUAUGUACAAAUUUUGGUUUUAUGAAUCAAUUAAAAUAAAUUUAAAUUGAUGAAAAAGGUA